CAAAAACAGCGCGGAUAGCAGCGAUAGCUGUUCUUCUGCCAGAAGGCAUUUUGAUGAAGAGUUUUGGUGUUUUGUAGGAAUAUUUGAGUGAUUACAACAGCAUUAUCUUCGAUUGAGCCAUAAAUAGUCGUUCACCGUUUCUUUAGUGGAGCUACAAUGAAACAGGAAAUAAUACCAGGACAAAUAGCAGCGUUAGCUUCCCUUCUGUUAGAAUGAAGUUUGGAGACGCGUUUGGUAUUUGGAGUGAAUAGAGUGUUUGCAGUAAAAAUGUCUUCAGUUCAGCGUCAGACAGAGUUAAUCAGCGAGCAGUUCACUGCUGCUGAAGAAACAUUAACGGAGUUUAAAGAAAUCAUCGUCAAAUCGGAGGAAGAGAUGGAUGAUCAGCGCAGACUGCUGGGCUGCAGGCGGACUCCCCAGAUCAUCUUACACCGAAUCGAUUGCCCACGAUGCCGUGUGUUGACAGAGGAAGAGAUUCUCAAAGAACCCAGGAACAGGAAGGAGGAACCAGAACCUGUCCCGAUAACAGUGGAGCAAGAGGACCCAGAAACAUUUAAAAUAAAACUGGAGCAAGAGGAACCAGAACCUCUCAUGAUAAAACUGGAACAAGACGAACCAGAACCUGUCCCGAUAAAACUGGAACAAGAGGAACCAGAACCUCUCCUGAUAAAACUGGAACAAGACGAACCAGAACCUGUCCCGAUAAAACUGGAACAAGAGGAACCAGAACCUUUUAAAAUAAAACCAGAACAUCAACAGUUCAGAGAGGAAGAGAAUCAACUCUGCAUCAGUCAGGAUGAAGAGCAGUUUGUGCUGAAACAGGAGACUGAAGACAUUUUGGUGACUCCUUCUAUUGAGCAAAUAAUCAACAAUGAAACAGAACCAAACAGGAACCAACUCGUCUCUCAUGCUUCUCCUGAAGUUGAGAACCAGGAUCAGGAAGGAAGCAAUUCUGGAAACCCAGGAGAAAAGAAAGACAAAGAGCAGAAACAAAACAAGAGAUGUCAGAAAAACAAUCAGAAAGAAGGAACUACUGAAGGUCCAAAGCAAAUAAAGCACAAAAAAUCUCACCUGGAAAAAAAAUUAUAUCACUGCAAAGUUUGUGAUCAAAGCUUUUCUCGAAAAGACUCCUUGACGAGUCAUGCAAAAAUUCACACAGGUGAGAAGCCUUUCACCUGUAUGACUUGUGGAAAAAGUUUCACAAAAAAAAUUUAUUUAAACACUCACAUAAGGAUUCACACAGAUCGACCACAACGUUGUGUGUGUAAAGAGGAGGUUCUCAAAGAGCUCAGCAACCAGAAGAGGAAGUCCAAUUUAACUAAGAAGAAACUAGAAGAUAAACAAGUCAAAAAGGAAGAGAAUCAACUCUGCAUCAGUCAGGAUGAAGAGCAACUUGUGCUGAAACAGGAGACUGGAGACAUUUUGGUGACUCCUUCUAUUGAGCAAAGAAUCAACAAUGAAACAGAACCAAACAGGAACCAACUCAUCUCUCAUGCUUCUUCUGAAGAUGAGAACCAGAAUCAGGAAGGAAGCAAUUCUGGAAACCCAGGAGAAAAUAAAGACAAAGAGCAGACACAAACCCAGAGAUGUCAGAAAAACAAACAACAAAAUGGAACUACUGAACAUCCAAAACAUAGAAAAUCUCACCUAAAAAAAUAUACAUAUCUCUGUAAAAUUUGUGAAAAAAUCUUUUCUCGAAACAACUCCUUGAAAAGACAUAUGAGGAUUCACACAGGUGAGAAACCUUUCACAUGUGUGACGUGUGGAAAAAGUUUUAUGGAUAGACAAAAUUUAACUUUUCACAUGAGAAUUCAUACAGGUGAGAAGCCUUUCACAUGUAUUAGUUGUGGGAAUAGUUUCACUCGGAAAAGUUAUUUAGCUACUCACAUGCGGAUUCACACAGGUGAAAAGCCUUUCACAUGUAUUAGUUGUGGGAAUAGUUUCACUCGGAAAAGUUAUUUAGUCACUCACAUGCGGAUUCACACAGGUGAGAAGCCUUUUACAUGUAUUAGUUGUGGAAAGAGUUUCACUCUAAAAAGACUUUUAGCUAACCACAUCAGGAUUCACACAGGUGAGAAACCUUUCACAUGUAUUAAUUGUGGAAAGAGUUUCACUCGGAAAAGUCAUUUAGCUACUCACAUGAGGAUUCACACUGGUGAGAAGCCUUUCACAUGUAAAAGUUGUGGGAAGAGUUUCACAAUGCAAAGUCAUUUAGCUUGUCACAUGAGAAUUCACACAGGUGAGAAGCCUUUCAUAUGUACAACGUGUGGAAAUCGUUUCACACAGAAAUGUCAAUUAACUUGUCACAUGAGAAUGCACACAGGGGAGAAGCCUUAUACAUGUAUGACUUGUGGAAAAAGUUUCACUCAAAAAUGUAGUUUAGAUUUCCAUUUGAGGAAUCACAUAGGUGAGGAUCCUUUCUGAUGUAUUAGUUGCAGAAAAUGUUUCACACAUCGAGAAAGUUUCUCUAUUCACAUGAGAGCUCACACAGGUGAAGACUCAGGUGAAGAAAAUUAAUAUAAGAUACUGUAUAUGAGAUGCUGGUAAAUAAGAUUAAAGAAAUUUGUCAUUGUGUGGAAGUGUAAUUGGUUUCUGAAGUAUAGUUUUGAAAGCAUGUGUGUGUUUUCUCCUUUUCUCUGUCUUCUUAUGAUUCAUUGAUUUAUCCGUUUGGUAAUUUGUUCCUGACCUAAAUGUUUGAAUGAAAUGUUUAUUCAGAUACAAAUAUAUGUGUGUCAUUGGAACCCAUGCAAAUUUAGACUGUAUGUGUGUGAAUUGUAUUUCUAUCCCUAUUAAGAAUAUAACAAAUGUAUGAAUGAUUCCUAUAAAUAUAGUGUUUUAAAAAAAAACAAUGCAGUUCUAAGUGUUUUAUGUGAUUAAAAACACAAUAACAGAAAUAAAUUUCCCAUUGUGAUGGUUUUCUUUAAGUUUAGCUGUGGAUUGUGACUCGUUUAAAGGUGUCGUGGGCGGCUGCACGUAUCAGUGAAACCAAGCUUAGACUAGUUGGACAGCGUCACCCAAUCUGCUUUCUUCACCAAGCUUAUAUUCAAAUUGAAAAAUACUUUUUCUGAUACAAAAACGCCUGUAAAUAGAACAUUGUAUUUGUAAUUUUUAUGUAAUAAACGCCAUUUAUCAUCA